UAAGUAGUAGACAACAGAUGACCUUGCGGUGUCUUCAAGUGUCGUGCAUGCAUUUUGUUGCAUCCAUUUUUGCUCCUUUCUCCACUGCAUGCAACUUUCUCUCUCUAAAAAUCUCUACAAUACUUCCUUUCUCUCUCUAUAUAUAUGUAAAUCUGCACCUGUAUAAUUGUAUCUAUAAAUCUCUGUUCUAUUUAUCUUCAUCGAAACUAUAACCCGCCACCGACCACCGCCACCGACCACCGCCGUUAUUUUUUUCACAGAGUUACUUUGACCCACUUUUUUUUGUUGGCUUAAGAUUCAGUUCAAGAUUCUAUAAUUUUAUGCUCAUUUGCAUGUCUAGUGCUGGAGUUAAUUUAUUUUUUUUGGAGUUUCGUGGGGUUUAUUUGAUCUGGGUCAAUGAUUUGUUAACGGUUUUUAUUUAGGGUUUUGGUUGAUUUAAGAGUUGAUUAAUAAGAUUUGUUGUUAAAGUUUUGAUUUUUUGGGUGGAACUAAAAUGGGGUCAAUGAUUUGCAUGAAUGAGCUUUGUCGUGCAACGACGUCGUCUGAAUGGAAGAAAGGUUGGAGCUUGAAAUCUGGUGGAUUUGCAAAGCUUUGCUAUAAUUGCGGAUCUGCUUUUGAGAAUUUAGUUUUCUGUGAAACAUUCCACUCGGAGGAAUCUGGUUGGAGGGAAUGUAAAACAUGUAGAAAGCUUAUCCACUGUGGGUGUAUUGCCUCAAAAUAUUUGUAUGAGUACAUGGAUUAUGGAGGUGUUGCGUGUAUAAACUGUGCAAGCCAAUUGGAUGGUCAUUCCAUCAGACCAAUACAGAUACCUGGUGAUGAUCUUCCUAAUGGAACCUUGGGAACUAAGGCUACGCAGUCACUGGGUGUUGAGAAUAAAAUGGAUGAGAAUAGUUUUGACAAAAGGAGGGUUAUGCGGUUGAGCAAGCCAGUGGAGACCAGUGAGUCUGGUCAACUCUUUCAAACUCAAAAGAAUGACAUUAAACAAGAAACAAUGCUUCCCAUCGGUAAUGUCAGUACAUGCUUUUCAAAUCUGAACCAGCAGCCCGUUGGAGCAGCUUCUCUAUUUGGCAAGCCUGAUAAUGACAGACAAUGCCAAGGGGUUAAAGAUAUGUACGAAUCGAUCAAUCAGCCGUCUCUAAAUUUCUCAUUGAGUACUCUUGUUGGUGCUUCAAGUUCAGCACAGCCUUUUCCUGGUGGAGAUGUUGAAGGAAGGGAACAAAGCAAAAGUUCUCCCUUUCAACUGGGCCAAAGGACACGCCAUAUAUUGCCCAAGCCCCCCAAACCUAGCCCCAAUUCAGGUUCUGAAUCAAACAAAGCAAUGGCUUCACAGACACGGGUUGCAAGGCCGCCCGCUGAAGGCCGAGGUGGCCGCAACCAAUUACUGCCUCGAUACUGGCCUAGGAUUACAGACCAGGAGUUGCAACAAAUAUCUGGAGAUUUAAAAUCCACUAUUGUACCACUGUUUGAGAAGGUCCUAAGUGCCAGUGAUGCUGGUCGAAUAGGCCGUCUGGUUCUGCCCAAAGCAUGUGCUGAGGCGUACUUUCCUCCAAUUAACCAAUCUGAGGGUCUACCUAUAAGGAUUCAGGAUAUAAAGGGUAAAGAGUGGACUUUUCAAUUCAGAUUUUGGCCCAAUAACAACAGCCGGAUGUAUGUUUUGGAGGGUGUAACUCCUUGUAUACAGAAUAUGCAAUUGCAAGCUGGUGAUACUGUGAUAUUCAGUCGAAUAGAUCCGGGAGGAAAGCUUGUUAUGGGAUUUCGAAAGGCAACGAACAAUGCUGACAUGCAGGAUCCUCAACCGUCUAUCCUUCCCAAUGGCAGUGGCUUUGCAGAAACUUCAUUCACUGGCAUGACUGAAAAUCUUCCGAAUGGAGGCAGGACAAGUGAUGAUUCUGUGAACCGGCAAGUGCCGAUUUCAGAGAAGAAAAAGGCAAAGAACAUAGGGUCCAAAAAUAAGAGGCUUCUUAUGCAUGCUGAUGAUGUUAUGGAACUUAGAAUCACUUGGGAAGAAGCACAAGAAUUGCUACGGCCACCUCCGACUUCCAAGCCUACCGUUGUUGUGAUUGAGGACUAUGAAUUUGAGGAAUAUGAAGAACCACCAGUCUUUGGAAAGAGGACUAUAUUUACUGCCCGAUCUUCUGGGGAUCAGGAGCAAUGGGCUCAAUGUGACAGCUGCUCUAAAUGGCGUAGAUUGCCGGUGCAUGUUCUCCUUCCUGCAAAGUGGACUUGUUCGGACAAUAUUUGGGACUCAAGAAGAUGCUCUUGUGCUGCUCCUGACGAGAUUAAUCCGAGGGAACUGGAAGCUCUCUUUAGAGUUGGCAAGGAUCUUAAGAGGCGAAAACUUGUAGAAAACAAUGAAGAUUGUGAGCCUUCUGGUCUAGAUGCUUUGGCAACACUUGCUGUAUUAGGAGAUAAUAUUGGUGAUUUAGGAGAGCCUUCAGUUGGAGCCACUACUAAACAUCCUCGACAUCGCCCUGGGUGCAGUUGUAUUGUUUGCAUUCAGCCUCCGAGUGGAAAGGGCAAGCACCAGCCCACAUGUAAGUGCAAUGUCUGCUUGACUGUGAAACGCCGGUUUAAGACACUCAUGCUACGUAAGAAGAAGAAACAAUCAGAACGAGAAGCGGAGCUUGCACAGGCGAAGGAUCAGGUUCCUCCUAAAGAUGGGUCGGAAACAGACGGGGGAAGUGGAACUGAUCUGUUGCUUCAUAUGAAUCAAUCCGAGAACGAACACAUGAAUCUUUCCGAGAACGAAAGGGAUACAAACGGGGAUCAGACGGAGGAGUUUGGAGCCGGAAAAGGACAGUUGGACCUGAACUCCCACCCUAAUCGCGACGAUGACAUGCUAGUCGAGCCCACUGCUGGAAUGACCAUGACGUCCCUUGUUAAUGCCACCGAUCUUCCUCUGGAGUAUCUAACACAGAACGGGCUCGAGAGCUUGGGAGACUCUUUGCUCUCACAAGCUGCCGCUGAGAGUGAACGAAACCAUCCUGAUAAUGGAUUCACGAAAACUGCAGAUGCUGAACAAGAGAAUAAAGGUGAUGAAGGGUAAAUUCCCUAGAUAUUUUAUUUCUUUUGUUUAUUCAAUUGUUUGAGCUUUUGUUAAGUUAUAUGCAUAGUGUGUUAUUUCACAACCCCAUAGUUGUUGCUCUAUACAUACUCAAAAGUUGAAGGAGUCUAUUUUGUCCUCCCUUCACUUUUUGUGGGUUCUCAUAUGUACCUUCUAAUGGAAAAGGUGUUUUUGUUAAUCUUUACUCUAUCAUUAUGAAAUGAUGGAUUUUAUAUUAAAAUGGCAGCAUUCAGGAUUACAAUUACUCAA